UUAUAGAUCCAAUUACAAGUCUUUUGGCCAAAAAGCAUCACCAUCUCAUCUUCUCUUUCAAGUUAUCUAUCUAAUUCAUUUCUGUUCUGACUUUUUUCUUUCAGUUUCUAUGAGUAGUUUAAUUUAAACUCAGAAAUUGAUAUUCAGGAAUGAUCAAUUUGAAGAUGACAUGCUGAAGCUGUUGUUGUUUGAUUGGUAGUAAUAGUAACUUAGCUAGUAUUAUUCCACAAUUUCUAAGCUCAAUGGAAAAUAAAGAAGUAUUUAGUAAGAGAGAAAUAAAGUACAGGUCAAUACAACCUUCUGAUGAACACACUUUACAGCGUAUCCAUGACCAACUUUUUCCCAUCAGGUAUGAAUCUAAAUUUUACCAAGAUGUGGCUAACGGGCGAGGCACCGAGUCGUGGGGAGCCGUCGACGUGAGUCGCAGUGAUGGUCAGAGUGAUGAACUAAUUGGAUUUGUGACGACUCGGAUUGUUCCUGCAGCAGAAGUUGAGGUUAAUUAUGUUAAUUACUUGAAGCAUGUUAUGAAAAAGAUAGUGAGUAUCCAUGGAAAUGACUUAGCCAAAUCAGAUGAAACUUUAGUCCAUGUUUUAACGCUAGGAGUGGUGAAGGAGUAUAGACAUCAUGGAAUAGCUUCUGAUCUUCUUAAGAAGGUGAUUGAAAAUGCUUCUAUGAUUCAAAGUUGCCGCGCUGUUUACUUGCAUUCGAGUUCUGAGAACGAGGCAGCAGUCAAUCUCUACAAGAAAAUGUCUUUCAAGUUAGUAAGAAAGUUGUCAAAGUAUUAUUCAUUCGAUGGCAGACAUUCGGAUGCAUACUUAUUUGUUUACCCACUCAAUGGCGGUCGCUUUCAUCGCUGGCCAUUCGAAGUUCUGAUAUCAAUGUUGAGCUGUGUGAGGAGCGGCUUGGAGUCUUGGGGGACAAAAAUGAAGACUGAUACAUCUCAAAGCAAGAAAAGUGGUACACAACAAAACAGAGGCAAGUUAGCUUGCCAUUAGACUCGACUCUAUAUGUAGUAUAUGAUAUUUUUUGGUGUCUAUGAAGUAUAUCAUUUGGAUCUUUCUGAAAUUUAACCCAAAAUAAUUUGUGACUCUCAUUGUAAUAGUUGGCAUAGUUCUUCACUUGUCAAAUAGGAGGGUAGAUAUUAUUAAAACUUAA